CACUGAAAGGAAAAUAAAGUCUGGAAUGACUCUACUUCUUGAACUGUGCCUGUUGCAUGGGAAAGAUACUUAUACUGAUCGUGUGGUGGGAUGGGGUGUCUUUCCAUUAUGUAACAACAACCUCCAGAUUUUAGAGGGCAAAUAUAGGUGUCCAUUUUUAAGAGGACACUAUGAUUCACGAAUUGACCGAUUCAGCAAAAUUGAAGCCCUAAUUAUGACUGAUCUGGAUCACUGGCUCUGCAAUUUAUAUUUUCAGAUCAUAAAACUGCCAGCAUGCCUAAAUGAGCAAAACAAACCUGAAUCCUUUGUUCAACUUCCUCGUGAAUUCCUUUCCUAUGCCAGUCAUAAUGAAACAAAAGAAGGAGGUGAUGAUGAGAUGAAGAAAGCUUCAAGAAAAGGAGGAAGCAUAAAACAAGUAGGGCACAGUCAGGGGACAAAUCAAGAUUUGUUCUACACUUUGGCACAAGGACAACCCUUGGCCUCUCAAACAGAUCCUAAUGUUGCAAAGGAAUUCAUUCCCAGUACUGAGGAGAACAUGGAAACAAAGCACAAUGCUUUGAAAGGAGAACAUAUUUUAAAGAAAUCUUAUAGAAAAACUCAUCAGAAAUGCACAGGAGAAGAUAGAACACAACAGAGGACUAUGAGAAAUGUGAACCACAAGAUGUGCAAGCAAAUUAAAAAGAUUAAAGCGGGAUUACCCUCCAACAAAAUUGUUCCAUACGCAGAGCAGCAGUCUAAUACUCUUCCACUGGAAGAAGACUUUGAUAUAAAACAAAAGAAAAGGAAACAUGUCUCCUCUGGGCAGGAUUUUCAAUGGGCACAAAAAUCAGAAACUGUUUCACACAAACAAGCACAAAGUGAUUCAAUGUGCACUUCCUACCAGGAUAAGCUUGAGAUGCACCACUUCUCAGUUUGCAGCCAACCACUUAAAGGAAUGCGUGUGUACCAAAGGAUUGUGAAGCGCACAUCCUAUAUAAUAUGGGCGGUAUUUUCAGAAAUGGAUAUCUGUCAGUGGAGGUCCCAUGAUUUCUGGUCCAUUAUCCUGCUAAUGUGUUUGAUGUGGUUUAUAAGGCUUUAUCUGCAUUAUGGUAGCCAGUGGUUGUUCCUUCACGUUAUUUCCAUUCCUGUCAUCAAAUUUAGAUUUUAUCCUCAUACGGUCGAGCUGACAUACCAGCAUUUUCUAAUGCACACCAGAGAAGAGGUUGCUAUGGUUGUGGUGGGACCAAUGGCUUUGAUUGUGGUGAUGCUCUUAAUGAUCCUUCUAAGAUGCUGCUGUCAGAUGCUGUUUGACACUUUUCCAACUUUGUUGUCAAAGUUUAUCAUUGCUCUUGGCCUCUGGACAGCGCUUAACCCUUUGACGAUAUUUAUAGUGGAUGCAUUGCUUGGGAGACUAGCAUACAGUACGGAGAAUCCAAUUGCUGAUGCUGCUAAGCUUUACUGGAUAUUUUACAGAGCAACCCAAUCUGGAGUUCCUGGGAUCUUUAUCACCCUGCUGAUCUAUAUAAUGCUAUUCAUCAUAUCAUUUUCUAUACUUUAUCUUUACUUUCUCAGGUUACACAAAGAAAGUUGGAUUUUGGAUGUUUUUCAACGCAUCACCUGUGAUGAAGAGGUGUUUCACCUUCCAUAUGAUCUGGAAAUGUCAAAUCAAGAACUAAGUCAUAUCGUACGAAAGGCAGAAAAAUGGCGCGGGUUCAGUGGUGAACGGAGAAAGGUAACAGUCUAUGACUAUAUUUGGAAAGACAUUCCUGCCAACAAGAUUUUUGCACCACCCGAUACCCAAUAUCAAGAUGACGACAUUACUACACAUGUACUGAUUUACACUAUUCAUCUCAGUGGCUUUCGGGAAAUCUAUCGUCAGUUCCUCAGGCUACCAAAUGGAGCUAUUGUUGAGAUGUUUGGUGACAUUAAUGAAAGUAAUAUCUUACCUAACGAGGUAAGCAAUGCUGCGGAGAAACAUGUUAACAGGAUGGAAGCAGCAGAGGAAGAAUUCAACAAAUUGGACUUAAGGGAAAGGAAGAAAACUACAAGCUAAGCUUUGCAUUCUAUAUGCGCCAUUAAGAUUAGAACAUCCAGGAUCAAGAUGUUCAAAACAACUUGCUACGCUCAGAUGAGACCUACAUAGAAAUAAAUCACCUUUCAAAAUGCGUGAAUGGGACGCCACGUUUGCAACACCUGCUCAAAAUGGAGCCAAAUAAACCAAAAAGCAUGCAUCUUAGUUUUUCUUGACAGUUAAAUUCUGCAGAAUCCAACAAAAACAUUAUGGCGCAGCCUGAUUAAAGGCAAAGUCUAUUAUUAUUCCUACAUGCAGUAUAAUGUGGUUUUCUAUUUAAGAUGUUAAAAAUAAAGUAAAAAGUAAAUCAGUUU